CAGACAGCAACUUUCACACCUCAGCGGCAUUCUUCACUCCUUUGCACACACACACACCAUCAUGGAUCUCUCACAGCUUAAUUCAGCAGAACAGGCUCACAUGACAAAAAUCAUAGAGAAGAAACAAAUGCAAGACUUCUUGCGCCUGUAUUCUGGUCUCGUAGAGAGGUGUUUCACCUCGUGCUGUAACGAUUUCACCAGCAAGGCAUUGUCUUCUAAAGAGGAACAAUGUGUCCUGAAUUGUUCCGACAAGUUCUUGAAGCACUCGGAACGUGUUGGGCAGCGCUUCGCAGAGCUCAAUGCAGAGGCGAUGGGCGUACCAAAACCUUGAUUCUAGAUGUUUGCACAAUUUACCCCUACACGGUCGUAGUAAUGAUCCUUCGAUGUUAUCUUAAUGCUAUCAUCUGUCUCACUCCGCACGAAAACCGGG